UCCUCGAUUACGCAAAUAAGCGAGGAAAAAAAAAAAAACGCAUUGUCCUGAACUCACAACCAGUAAAAUUUGUUCCUUCCUCCAUCACAAGCCAUAUACCCUCAAUCUCACGCUUCCAUGUACGUUCUCCAACCCGUCUUCCUCACUCAACUAACCAUGACAUUCAGGUACUCGUGUUAGCGUUUUCCCUUUUCAUCCUUCAACAAUGGCGUUGCUAGCUGCUCAACGCACCUUGCUCACCCUCUUCACCGUUAUCGUACUUUCACCAUCUCUGAGCUCUGCAACACCUACCUCAGCUUGCCAAUUCACUUUUCGCGACGAAAACAAGCUUUACAAUUAUACCCUCUCUUCUCCCAUUCGUAACUUCCCUCACGGCAUUCUCAGCGAAGACGGGUUUUACAAAGUGUCAGUGAACCAGACCACCAUUUGGUUUCAGCUUUGCGAUGGAAUGAUUUUCAAUCACGACCCUCCAAUAUGUGCCGACUGCUGGGACUGUGGAGGACCAACUCGCUGUGGGAUGGAAUGCAACGCACUUGUGUCAAACAACAUUGGAGGUUAUCAUGUAUGUUCAACCUUAGGACGUGGCCCAAAACUUGACAUUGAUGUUAUUGAUAAGAAAAAUCCCCACACUGGUAUUAUUGUGAAAAUGUCAAGUGGUGGCCUUAAGUACAACUGUUCUCUAGCUGUGUCUGUGCUUUGUAAUCAAAAUGGAGUGCAGGGACCUCAAACCCUGGAGAGAUCGGGUGAUUGUAAUUAUGCUACAGAGCUAAAGCAUCCAUCUGGUUGUGCUAUGAUUGUAAAUGUCCACGGGAGUGGGUGGGGGUGGUUUGGCAUUUUACUUAUUACUCUUCUGUGCCUUUUUGCUGCGUAUCUACUGGCUGGUAUAGUUUAUCGAUAUUUCGUCCUCAAGAUUCGUGGUAUAGAAGUCAUCCCUAACUUGGACUUCUGGAUCAGCUUGCCCAGGAGAAUACAGAGUCUGUGCUCAUCUUUGGUUAGAAAGUUUAAGGGCCCGUCGGAAGGUCAUCGGAGCUCCUAUUCUCCUGUAAACUUCUGAGAUUACGUUUUUUAUUCUGGAUGUACGUGGUGAGUUAAUUACGGAUUAUCUCAGACAAGAGACAUAUACUGCAGAAAACUAAAAUUCAGAUGCUCUACCGGGGUCUGCUCUGAUGCUUCUUUGAUACAGAACCUUCAGCAGAAAUUUGUAAUUCCUGUCGAUUCUCCUUUCAUGGACUUAGUAUUUCACAUUCUUUAUUUAUCUCUGACAGAAAAUGAAGAGGACGAGGAAGAGAGAGAACAAUAUAAAACUAGAAAGUGUAGUAUGAUUCUCAUGGGAAAAAUUGCAUUAUACUGGAGUUAAUCCAAUAAUUUUGGUUGACAUUUGUAAGCUGAUAAUCUGGUAGUUGAGGGAACUUAUUUUCUUGUAACUUGCUUGUUACCUUGAUCAUUAAUUCAUUAUUGUUUUCCA